AUCACCAUGAGAGGCUAAAUAUGCCAUGACAGCCUCUUCAUAUUGCAACAAAUUUUCUAGAGAGAGAAUUAGGUUUUUCUGCUGCUAUUUUGUUUUACACAACGGUGAAGAAGAUGCAGGGUGCUGCGAUCUUGAGCCAUCCGUCCUGUUCAUACGUCUCUAGGCCACAGCAACAAACCCUAGAUUACCCAUCAUCGCUUUAUGCUUCUUCUUCUUCUUCCUCUUCACCUACGCCGCUUUUCUCCAGGAUUUCUUCUGGUGUUUUGGGCAAUCAAUUCUCUUUUGCAAGGGGCGGUUCUAGGUCAGCAAAAAUUCGAUUUUCAUCAUCAACCCGUUGGAAAGUUGUGAAGGCUGUCGCUACUCCAGAAUCGGCUGUUGAAUUACCUCUUACAGCAGAGAACAUUGAGAGUGUAUUGGAUGAAAUUCGACCGUAUCUGAUUGCAGAUGGAGGAAAUGUUGCAUUACAUGAAAUAGAUGGAAACAUUGUUCGCUUAAAACUGCAAGGGGCUUGUGGUUCCUGUCCAAGUUCUGUAACCACCAUGAAAUUGGGCAUUGAACGCCGUUUGAUGGAGAAGAUCCCUGAAAUUGUUGCAGUCGAACCAAUCCCAGAUGAAGAAACUGGCCUUGAGCUGAAUGAAGAAAAUAUAGAGAAGGUGUUGGAAGAAAUAAGGCCAUAUCUUGUUGGGGCAGCAGGCGGAUUGGUAGAACUGGUGUCAAUCGAAGAGCCAAUAGUGAAACUACGGUUGACAGGUCCAGCAGCAAGUGUAAUGACGGUAAGAGUAGCACUGACUCAAAAACUCCGCGAAAAAAUACCCGCUAUAGCUGCCGUUCAGCUUUUACAAUAGAUGCUGUGUAAGAUCUUGGAACUAAAGGAAUCGGUUUCAAACUCCAGGGAUCUCCUUUUCUACAGUAUACCUGUACAUUUUUUAGCUGUGUGUUGAUAUGAGAAAUUAGGCAGCUACAUUUGUACCUGUAUCGAAUAACUAAUCACAGUAGAUUUGCCUUGUAAUAAUAUCUUUCCAGCCUCGCCUCCGAGUGGGAUAUACGAUUGUUAUGAAUCCACAUCCGUACAAUUUCGUUAA